AUGGAUAUCAACACGGAGCAAGCACUGCCAAAGGGUGUCGACCCGGAAAAGACUCUUCAAGGUGUCGACAGAAACGGCAGUGUUGCCACAAAUGUGUCUCUUGACCAGGCCCUGAAUCAGCUUGAUAUUUCGUCCAAGGAUGCCGAUGAAGCAUUCAUGUACCUGAAAGACCAUCCAAAUGCGGAUGAAGUGCGUCAAGAGGCUAUUGCUAUACUCGCAGACCCGAAAGCAACGAAGAGACUUCUGCGAAAGAUCGAUUUCCAGAUUGUCCCAUGUAUGAUUGCGGUGUAUUUUCUGCAGUACUUGGAUAAGACAACGAUCUCGUACACUGCUGUGAUGGGCCUCCGUGCAGACACUCAUCUACACGGCCAGGACUAUUCGAACGUUGCGAUGAUGUUUUACGUUGGGUUUCUUGCGGCUGAGUUCCCGACCCAGUAUUUGGCACAGCGCAUCAGUCGGCUGGGCAAGUAUCUCGGCGUGAACGUAAUGCUCUGGGGUGUCGUGCUGGCCUCGAUGGCGGCGUGCACUUCUUACGCUGGCCUGAUGAUCACCAGAGUUCUUCUCGGCAUCUUUGAGGCUCCUGUGGCACCGAUCUUGGUCAUGAUCAUCGCCAUGUGGUAUAAGAAGGGCGAGCAAGGCCGACGAGUCAGCUACUUUUACGUUUGCAACUCGAUCACCCAAAUAUUUGGAAGCGCCGUCGCCUAUGGUGCCAGCUUUUCCAAGACUGGAUUCGCCAGCUGGCGAAUCUUCUUCUUGAUCAUUGGCUUGAUGACAAUCCUAUUCGGCUUUUUGGUCUUUAUGUUUCUGCCUGACUCUCCGGUCAAGGCUGUUCGUUUCACCGAUGCCGAAAAGAUUGCUGCGUUGUUGCGGGUCAAGGAGAACCAGUCGGGUACUCAGAACGCAACCCUCAAAAAGGCACAGGUCUUUGAGUCACUGAAGGAUGUCCGCGUGUGGCUUGUUUUCCUAUCUGUGCUUCUGACAUCAAUUCCCAAUGGCGGCUUGUCCAACUUCUCCUCGAUUUUACUUACCACGUUUGGAUACACUAGCCAGCAGGCACUGAUCCUGAACAUGCCAUCCGGUGCGGUGGGGAUAUUCAUUGUUCUGCUUUCCGGAUAUCUGUCGGAUCGAUGGAACGACCGGUCGCUAGUCAUGCUCAUUUGUCUCAUUCCGACAAUCGUUGCGGCAGGUCUGAUGUAUGGACUUGAUCCGGACGGGAUUCCCAAAAGCAAGGGCGCCUUGCUGUUUGCUUCUUACCUCAGCGGGACCUUUGGUGCUGCGUUCAUGCUCCUCCUCGCGUGGAAUGCCAGCAACAUCGCAGGGCACAGCAAGAAAGUGACGAGCAACGCGCUGACACUGGUCGGCUUCUGCACCGGCAACAUCUUGGGCACACAGACCUUUCAACAGAGCGAGGCACCGGGAUACAAGAGUGGAAAGAUUGCAAUCGUGGCAUGUUUGUCAGCACAAGUUCUUGUGUGUUUUGCGCUGCGGUACUGCAACGAUCGGCUGAACAAGAAGAACCAGCAGAUCCUAGCGGGUAUGAGCGAGGAAGAAAAAACAUUGGCGCGUGAGAAGCUGGCGUACAGCGACGAGACGGAUUUGCGCAAUCCUUUUUUCGUGUACACUCACUGA